AUGGGUAGGCAGACUCGGGAACGAGCUGUCGCUAUUGCCCAAGCCGCUGAGGCUGCUAUUGCUGCACAAUGGGUAAAUGUGAAUCAGGGAAAUGACAAUGGGAAUAGACAGAUGCAUCAGUUGGUAGAGCAGUUCUUAAAGUUGAAACCGGCAAAGUUCACUAGGAAAGGUGACCCGGAAGCCGCACCUCGUUGGAUAGAAGAUCCGGAAAAAGCGUUUGAGGUAUUGGGUUGCACCGAGGAGGAGAAAGUGACCCCGGCAGUGUAUCGACUUCAAGAUACGGCCGAUGAUUGGUGGAAGGCCGCCAAGGGAAGAGUUUUCCCGGAGGGUACAACACCGAAUUGGACUAUCUUCACCAAAGUCUUUAAUGGGAAAUAUUUUUCAGAGACUGCUCAGGGGCAGAAGAUGUUAGAAUUUCAGCAGCUCCGCCAGAACCAUAUGACGAUAGAUCAGUAUGAGGCUGAAUUCUCGAGAUUGUCGAGGUAUGCACCGAGGAUGGUAGAGAAUCCGUUGGAUAGAGCAAGGAGGUUUCGGGACGGACCGAGGCCGGAGCUUCGUAGUCGCUUGAUCUCGCUGAACCCGAGAGACUAUGACAAGUUGUAUGAGCGGGGUCAAAUGGUGGAGCGAGACAUGAAAGAGAGGCCUGCCACAUCUGGAUCACGGUUCAUGCCAGCCCGGGACAACCGCCGGUUUGGCAAGAGGCCAAUGAUGGGAAAUAGGCGCUUUGUCCCUCUAGUUAGAAGAAAUAAUGGGAAACCGGUGUAUCAGUCCAAUCAAAACUGCUGA